CAUUUUGUUUCUUCUAUAUAAAGCCCUUGGCUAUAUCUCUGUGCACCUGCACCCAACCCAAAUCAAGAACUGUUGUUCAGCUUGACUUUUCCUCCCACCCAAAUCAGGUUCCGUCGAAUUGUUUGCAGUUGAGUUAAGAUUAAAGUGUGAUCCAAGUCCGACGUAGUAAAAGAAAAGUUGUUGCUGGAUUCACUAUUGAAUAUCGGCUGACAGGAAUAAGAGAUUAUGAUUGCAACGACCCACUAGCUGUAAGUCUGUAAGGAAUUUGGUCUGAAAUUCAUAAACCCAGAGAGGAAAAUGCCUAGAGAAAAGAUUGGAAAUCCUAUGAAUCCCAGGAAAAGAGGAAACUGGAAACCCAAAGGUGCUUUCAAUAUACAGGAACUUCCACAAGCUUUAGUAAUGGACAUUCUAUCUAGGCUUUCCAUCAAGGCCCUUUACAAUUGUAGGGGCGUCUGCAAAGACUGGCUUCACAUAAUUUGUGACCCUCAAUUUGCUAAUGUACACUGUCUAAGAUCACCCAUCGGCAUUUUGAUCAGGACCAAUCCCCGUGCAAAAGGACAAAGGAGACUUGGAUUAAUCCAGAUAGAAAAAUGUGCUGGCUCUCGUUUGCGAGUUGAAAGAAUGAGGUUUGCUCCCCAAAAUAUCCUGCCAGUUUCCGAUGCUUCUGAAGUUAGGUUGAUAAAUUCAUGCAAUGGAUUAGUUUGUUUGGCUAAGGGGCUUGAUGAUGGCUUGUAUGUAUGCAAUCCAAUUUUGGGUGAGUAUAUUAGCAUUCCUUCUCCUGAUAAGAGUAUGACCUGCUUGUUCAUAUUUGUUGGACUUGGUUUUAAUGCCAGGACCAAUGAGUACAAGGUCUUGCAAACAUACUCCAAUGGCCAGUCUGAGAUAUACACCAUUGGUACAGGAGUUUGGAGAAGCAUUGGAAAGGCUCCUAGUGGCAGUUUUUCCAUGGUACCGUUCAAUUCUUUUCUGCAUGGAGCUCUUCAUUGGGUUCCCUUCUCUUUUGAUGGUUCUCAGUUUAUACAGUCUUUCAACUUUGAGGCAGAACAAUUUCGACCACUUGCCCCACCAUUCAAAGGUCAUUUGAAGUUAUCCCAACAUUAUAAUAAUCUGAAGUUGGGAGUAUUAAAAGGUUGUCUCUUGUUAUGUGUGCUUGGUGCUCAUAAUAGUGAAUUUGACAUGUGGGUUAUGAAGGAUUAUGGUGUCCAAGAGUCUUGGACAAAAAUUCUUGUCAUUGAAAACUUGUAUCCAUGGGUUGGCCAUGUCCUGCAGAAUGCAUAUGAACCCAUUGUGUUCUUCAAUGAUGGGGAAAUCCUAAUGACAUACAAGGACCGGGUGGUGGUUCGUUAUAAUCAAGAAACAAAGACUGUCUCACGAACUGGGAUAAUUCAAACUCAGUCUCGAUUUCGUGCAAUUGCAUACUGCCCUUGCUUUGUUUCACUCCAUGAUGUUUCAAAUGGAGAGGAGGUAAUAAGGGUGAGAGACAAUAACAAAUUUGAAGAGAUGUUUGCUAAAGGGAGCUAUAAUUGUGCUGGUUCCAGCAAGUCAGCUGAUCAUAAGUCGAAAAAACUGAAGUCAGGCUCUGGCCAACUUGCUUCGGGUGAUGGUUCCAAAUAAAGCAAUAAGUUCCUCUAGCUAAGGAGUUUUCCGCCAUGUCAGCACUGGGAUAGACACAGGGUAGUCCCCAAAUGUCCAUGGACACAGGCCUCUUUUUGUUAUCUAGCCAUACCAUGAGAGUAAUUCUUAUGGUUCUAUAGACCAUGAUCCAAGUAGAGACUUGAUGCAAGCUUUUAAUUAAUUACUCUGGAACAAUGUGCAGGUUCUACUCCUGUACUGGUUUCCGCCGUGUGCCUAGGAGUCCCUGUGCUCAUAUGUUCAAUUUAAAUGAAAUUGCAAGACAUGUUAGUGGAUGUUAAACGGUGUGUAUUGAUGAGUUUCUCCACUGCCCAUUUAAUCUAUUUACUGGAAUCACAACCUCAUCCUUUUAUGCUUAAGGUAAUUGAAUGAAUAUGUUUUGCAAAGAUUACA